AGGAGGAACUAGAAGGCAAAGAGAGAAGAAUCAAAGUCUAUAAGCUCAAAGAAACAGAAGAGAAUAAGGAGGGGCAAGCUUUUGCAGAGAUUUCUAUACAUCAACGGGUUGAAAAUGGAGAACACGAGAAUAAGUAAGGGAAAGGUGGAAGAAUUUGUAGCCGGACUUCCCAUGCAUCUCUUAUGUCGACGUGGACGAAUCGUGCUCGAGAACACAGAACCUUUCUUUAUCAUCAGUGUCGAUGGACCUGCAUCUGCUCUCCUUUAUAAAUCAUCGUCAGCACUCAGUGGCCGUCGCUUGAAGUCGAUCGAUACCGAGCUGAAUGGGGAGCAGAAGCUUAUAGCCGCUGCUGGUUUGGCACGCAGCUCAGGACGACGCGUAUUCCUCACGAUGGCAAGAUCAUGUAAGAAAGAAGACUUGAUUUUCACUUUUCAGUCGUGCUUGUCCUCGGUGGGCGACAAAAGAAUGGAGAUCCUCCUAUUUCCGAUGGACGAUAGAAACAAAAUGAGCAUCCCUUACCCAAGAGUUGAUGGUGAACCGGAGGAAUCCUGUUCGAAGCAUGAGUCACAGAUAAACAGAGCUUCAGGGAGAGACAGUCCCGACAAGGACCUCGGAAUAUCAGACGAAGAGAUGAUGGAUUCCCACAGUGGGGACGAGGCAGCCUUUGAUUAUGCGGAACAGUUCUCAGCUGGGCUUACAAUUCCGUGCAAAACUAUCUGAUACGAUCAGGAUUUCUCUAUGAUGCCUUAAUCUCGGUCAAGUUACAUAUGCAUGAUGUAUGCCAGAUCCAAGGAAAAUAAAAA